AAAAAAAAAAUAUAUAUAUAUAUCUUUUUGUAAAAAAUAAAGUCUAUAAAUAUAACAGGUAUCAUAAGGUUAUAAUAGAAUUGAAAGUAAACGUAAUUUUCUCGAAUGAAAAUAUCUUCUUCUGUCAAUAAAAGAUAAUCUUAAUCCUCUAUGACCAAAUUUUUUUUUCAUUUCCACGAAAAAAAUUAUAUAGUAUGUGCAUGUCAGAGUAUUAUGUAUAUUAUUAUAAUUGUAUCACACUAAUUGUAAGUAUGAUUUAUAUUUAAAUAAAAUAUAAAAAAAAAACCGAACAUGAAGUAACGAUGAAGUUUGAGUGGCAAUAAAAUUAAAUAAAAUUGAUAAAGAUUAUAGAUAUCUGAAUAGACAUAUCUGUAUAACUUUGAAAUAGUUUUAAAGAGAAUUUACAACAAAAAAAAAUAAAAGAAAAAAAUUCUAAAUGUAACUGAAUAAAACCAAAUGAUUUUACUUGUUUACGCCAAUGCGUCGUUGCGGGCAUAGAAUAGAGAAAUCAUGGAGCUUCUGUUAAGUCAGAUCCAGCGUUAUCGUGUAAUGUCAGUUUAAAGAUUAUAAUUGUUAUGUUAAAAUGAACCCGAUAAGUGUUAAGGACUAUUCGAUUAUAGAAACAAUUGGUGCGGGUACUUAUGCGACUGUUUAUAAAGCAAAACGAAAGAAGAAAAGAAAACGAAAAGGAAAAACAAUUUUUCUUAGGAGGAACCAUGUGAUAUCGUGGCAAUAAAAUGUGUGAACACAUCGGAGUUGUCAAACUCGGCGAUCAACAAUCUCAUGACGGAGAUAAGUGUAUUGAAGAUAUUAAAUCACGAACAUAUUAUAAAAAUGAAGGAAUUUUUCAGUAUCGAAAAACGAGUAUACAUUGUAACGGAGUAUUGCGAUGGCGGUGAUCUUUCAAAGUAUAUUAAAAAGCAUGGACAAUUGCCUGAAAACAUAUGUCAAAGAUUAUUACAACAGCUAGGUUUAGCAUUGAAAUAUUUGAAAGAUCAAAACAUCAGUCAUAUGGAUUUGAAGCCGGAGAAUUUGUUUCUCGUGAUAAAACCUUAUUUGAAACUCAAGCUUGGAGAUUUCGGUUUCGCAAGGUACACUAAUAUCGAAUUCAUUUAUGAAUUACGUGGGUCACUACGUUACAUGGCACCGGAGAUUUUAUUAGUUAAAAAGUACGACGCUCGUACAGAUCUUUGGAGUGUCGGUGUGCUCAUGUAUGAGUGCCUUUUUGGAAAACUACCUUAUUCUGUCACUAAUUCUGUACAAUUGAAGAGGCUAAUGAUAGGACGUCGUCCAAUCGAGGUGAUUAUUCCAGAAGUGCCUCCUAUAUCCGAUGAAUGCAAGAGUCUUCUGUCAUCGUUGCUGAAGUACGAUCCUGAAGCUCGCAUAAGUUUCGAAGAUUUCUUCUCCAAUGUGUUUUUGGAUUUGAAACAUGCACCAAGCAAGGAAAGCUACCAGAAAGGUUUGGAACUUGCACAAGAAGCUGUCAAAAAGGAUCGUGAAAAAGAAUCACAAGAGGCAUUCCAUUUGUAUUGUGAGGCCUUGAAAUAUUUUAUUCCAUUAUUGAUAAACGACAGUGAUUCGGAAAAAAAAGAGGCUAUGAGGUUACACGUGAACGAUUAUAUAAAUCGAGCGGAGGAACUCAAAUUGCAAUUUAAAGAUAAAGAAAAUAGUGAAGAAAAGAAAAGGGUUAACCAAAAGGUAGAAGAGACAGAAUGCGUUCCAAGGACAUCGUCUGAAGGGUUGUCAUCCCCGUUAAAUAGAUUUCCGGGACAUUCCUUUCACAAAUUACGAAUUCUCAGCAAGAGUACACCGAGUAUGGCCGAUGCACUCGACAUUGGAGAAGUUGGCGUGCAAUAUCUUUCUGAGGGCAAUUACGUUCAAGCUUUAGAAAAAUUUCAAUCGAGUUUAAGUGUCUUGGUACCGUUGUUGAGUAAAGAACCACUUGGCCAUAGAAGAGAUCUGCUUCACGAACAGGUACAACUUUGGAUGCGAACGGCCGAAAGUACGAAGAUUCUUUUAUCAGCAAAGAAUAUGAAAUCUAUCCAACGUGACUCUGAUUACUAUGAUUGUAUAAUACAAUAAAAAGGAAAAUAAGAGACGAUAUUGUAAAAAAGAUGACAUACUCUUAUUUUUAUUAAAUAUUGUGUUAUUAUUAUACGUAUUUUUUCUUUAAAUUUUUGAAUUAAGACUGAUUCAUUAACUUAUAUAAGCGAGUUAUAUAUAUAUAUAUAUAUAUAUAUAUAUAUAUAUAUAUAUAUAUAUAUUUAGAAAUACAUUCCUAUUUAUACGUGUCCUAGUUUCAUUUGUCAAAUUGUAAAACUAUAAGCCUAUCUUGUAAAACUUACAAAGCUUAAAAUUUUUAUUAAAAGCCUAAGAAAUCUCAA